AUGAGCUUGCCAGGACGUUGCGGUGGUGAGGAAGAGCAAGUGGAAGGGACGCAAGAAGGUCCGUCAGAGUUCACGCCGAGGGUCGAGGCGAACCAUCUCAAGAUACUACUCGCGACGGACAACCACAUCGGCUACAUGGAGCGUGACCCUGUUCGUGGCCAAGACUCAAUCAAUGCCUUUCGCGAGAUUCUCAAGAUUGCCGUCGAGAGGGACGUGGACAUGAUCCUCCUCGGCGGCGACCUCUUCCACGAAAACAAGCCUAGCCGCUCGACCUUGCACCAGGUCAUGGCGUCUCUCCGCCAGUACUGUCUCAGUGAUAGGCCCGUCACAAUUGAGCUGCUCAGCGACCCGAACGACGGCCGAGCAGAGGGCUACAACUUCCCUGCCAUCAACUACGAAGACCCGAACCUCAACGUUGGCAUUCCUGUCUUCUCUAUUCACGGUAAUCAUGACGACCCUCAAGGAGUGGGCGCAGAGGGAGCCCUCUCAGCGCUCGACGUCCUCUCCGUCUCUGGGCUAGUCAACUACUUUGGCAAAGUCGAGCUUCCCACGGACGAUGAUAUCGCCUCCAAGCCCAGCAAAUCUGCUCCAGACGCAGGCGGACUCUCUGACGUGGGGAUCCGCAUUCGACCUGUCCUCCUGCAGAAGGGAGAUACUAAGCUGGCCCUCUACGGCAUGGGCAACAUCAAGGAUGAGAGGAUGCAUUACGAAUUGAGGUCAAACCGUGUUAGGAUGUAUAGGCCGAGGGAGAGCCCGGAUGAGUGGUUCAACAUUCUGUGCAUUCAUCAGAACAGAGCGGCGCAUAACCCCAAGGCUUGUGUGCCCGAGACGAUGUUCGAUGACUCCGUUCACCUGGUGAUUUGGGGCCAUGAGCACGAGCAGCGCAUCCGGCCUCAAGCAGUAGGCGGCAAGCAGUACCAUAUCACUCAGCCGGGCAGCAGUGUCGCCACCAGCUUGAGCCCAGGAGAGGCCGAAGAAAAGAUGAUCGCGAUUAUCCACGUCGAGAACACAGACUACUACCUCGAAGAAAUCCCACUGCAAUCAGUCCGACCCUUCAUCAUGGACGACAUGGUGCUUAAAGACGAAGCGGAGGACGCCAACGUCGACCUCAAGGACAAGGGCGCCGUCCAAAAGCUACUCCGCGAUCGUGUCUCCGAACUGAUUGCUCGCGCCGAGGAGGAGUGGGAGACCAAAUUCGAAGGUGUGCCCCCCGAAGAACGACCCCAUGGCGAUCGCGGUAGGGGCGGACGCAUGAUGCUCCCCCUUGUCAGGCUUCGAGUGGAGUACGAUGCGGACAUCGAGUUGGGCAAUGUCAUCCGCUUUGGCCAAGAGUUCGUAGACCGGGUCGCCAAUCCUCGUGACGUGCUGCACUUCUCCAAGAAGAAGCUUCCCCGCACGCAAAAGGAUCGACAGGCGGCCCAAGCGAGAAAAGACGGACGGUACGCCUACGUGGGAUUGGACGAUAUUCUCCCUCCUGAAGGCGAUGACGAUGACGAUGGGUCCGGUGACCCGCACAAGGUCUCCAAAGUCAAGAUUGGCAAUCUAGUCAAGACAGCGCUGCAGGGGCAGAACUUGGAAUUGCUCAACCCGGAUGGACUGGAGAAGGCCAUCACCAGCUAUGUGGACAAGAACGACCGUGAUGCCAUUCAGCACUUCGUCAAGGGGAUGGUGCGCACGUUUCAGGGGCAGUUGAACAGCUUGGCCCCGGAUGAGGGGAUGCUGGAUCAGGAGCUGGAUAGGAUCAGGGAUGAGGCGUAUCGCAAUCGGCGGGGUGGGGAUAGUGAUGCAGAGGAAGAUGAUGAGGAGCAGGGUGGCCGAGGUAACGCUGCCAAGAAGGGCAAAGGUGGGGCUGCCAGCAAUGGCAAGAAGGGGGCAAGCGCAGCCGCUUCUUCCUCGCGUCGCCGGGCAGAGCAGGAUAGUGACGACUCGAUGCUAGACGAUGGCGAUGACCACGGAGGCGGGUUCAGUGACAUGGACGACGACGAGGCUGCGGGCGGCAGCAGGUCUCGCACCCCGAGCACGUCAGCAGCAGCGAGCAGCUCACGUCCUUCGAGGGCGAAUGCAACCUUCCUUGGGCAGGACGAUUCGGAUGUGGACAUGGCUAGCGAGGACAAUGGUGGGGAUAGCGAGUUCGAAGACUCCGCACCUCCACGCCGCGGUGCUGCCAGCUCGACGAGGAAGACUCCCGCGACCUCCAACGGCGCAACUCCAGCUCGCGCUACCAAGAAGGGCUCGACGACGGCGGCCAGCAGGAACAAGGCUAGUGGAAGCGCGGCAGCCAGCAAGGGAAGGGCGGCCGGACGUGCAGCUAGUCGUGAUGAGUCGCCUGGGUUUGAGGUGGAUGAGGAGUUGAGUCAACCUGCGGUGAGGGGAGGGGGAGCAGGCGUCGCUGAUGCAGAGAUCUAG